AUGGCUCCAGCAGCUGCCGGAGAAAGGUCUUUAAAAGAGACACCCACAUGGGCUGUUGCCAUUGCCUGUGCAGUUUUCAUACUUAUUUCUAUAAUUAUAGAACAAGCAAUUCAUGCUCUUGGAAAGUGGUUCCAGAAACGCAAUAAGAAAGCUAUGCUUGAAGCUUUGGAGAAAAUAAAAGCUGAGCUCAUGCUUUUGGGAUUCAUAUCUCUACUACUUACGGUGGGCACACGAUAUCUUCCAAAAAUAUGCAUCCCAGAAAAGUACGGAAAUACGAUGCUUCCAUGUGAGCUUGAGAGCAAGUAUAAAGAUGAUGGGGAUGGCAAGGAUGAUGACAAAAACAAAGGAGGAGGAGGAGGAGAUGGUGAUGAUAAUGACAGGCGACGAAAGUUACUGGAAUUUGCUGAAACCAUGAUAUGGCGUCGAGUUUUAGCCGCCCCUAGUGGAGGAGACUCCUCUUCUUGUUCAGAGGGUAAAGUGCCGCUGAUAUCUCCAUCUGGGAUGCACCAAUUGCACAUCUUCAUCUUUGUGCUUGCUGUUUUUCAUGUUCUGUAUAGUGUCCUUACUAUGGCACUCGCGCGUGCCAAAAAACCAAACUUGAGAAAAGGGAAUCUAUAUAGCUGUUUAAUCGGCUUUUAUGUUGACCAGAUGAAGAAAUGGAAAGCUUGGGAAUCAGAGACCUCGUCCUUGGAAUAUCAAUUCACAAAUGACCCUUCAAGGUUCAGGUUUACUCGACAAACUUCGUUUGUGAAGCGCCACUCAGGCUUUUCUACAAUGCCUGGAAUAAGAUGGAUUGUGGCAUUUUUCAGGCAAUUCUUUGGUUCGGUUACGAAGGUGGACUAUUUGACCAUGCGCCACGGAUUUAUCAAUGCACAUUUUGCUCCAAAUAGCAAAUUUGACUUCCAUAAGUAUAUUAAGAGAUCCAUGGAAGAUGACUUCAAGGUCGUCGUGGGUAUUAGUAUACCACUAUGGAUUUUUGCCGUGGUGUUUUUGGUUCUAAAUGUUCACAAAUGGCACACGCUCACUUGGUUGUCAUUGGCGCCACUCGUCAUUCUUCUUCUGGUGGGUACAAAGCUUGAGCUUAUCAUCAUGGAGAUGGCUCAAGAAAUGCAUGAUCGAACUACAGUUGUUAAAGGCGCUCCCGUUGUAGAGCCAAGCAACAGUUUUUUUGGUUUAAUCGCCCCGAGUGGAUUCUCCUCUUAA